GCUCCUCGACACCUGGUGAUGGCGUCGCUUACGGUGAAGGCUUACCUUUUGGGCAAGGAGGACGCGGCCCGCGAGAUCCGCCGCUUCAGCUUUUGCUUCAGCCCUGAGCUUGACGCAGAAGCUGAGGCCGUGGCUGGCCCCGGGCCAUGCGAGCGGCUGCUGAGCCGGGUGGCCGCCCUGUUCCCCGCGCUGCGGCCCAGCGGCUUCCAGGCGCACUACCGCGAUGAGGACGGGGACUUGGUUGCGUUUUCCAGUGACGAGGAACUGAUGAUGGCCAUGUCAUAUGUGAAGGAUGACAUCUUCCGUAUUUACAUUAAAGAGAAGAAGGAGUGCCGGCGGGACCAUCGUCCACCAUGUGCUCAGGAGGCACCCCGCAACAUGGUGCACCCCAACGUCAUCUGUGAUGGUUGCAAUGGGCCAGUGGUGGGGACCCGCUACAAGUGCAGCGUCUGCCCCGACUACGACCUGUGUGCCAGCUGUGAGGGGAAGGGCCUGCACAGGGAGCACAGCAAGCUUGCCUUCCCCAGCCCUUUCGGGCACCUCUCUGAGGGCUUCUCUCACAGCCGCUGGCUCCGCAAGCUGAGGCACGGGCACUUUGGGUGGCCUGGCUGGGAGAUGGGCCCACCAGGGAACUGGAGCCCCCGUCCCCCUCGAGCUGGGGAUGCCCGCCCCAGCCCCGCUGCGGAAUCAGCCUCUGGCCCGCCGGAGGAUCCCAGUGUGAAUUUCCUCAAGAACGUAGGGGAGAGUGUGGCAGCCGCCCUCAGCCCUCUGGGCAUCGAAGUUGAUAUUGAUGUGGAACACGGCGGGAAGAGAAGCCGCCUGACCCCCAUCUCCGCAGGCAGCUCCAGCCCCAAAGAGAAGUGCAGCUCUCAGCCGAGCAGCUGCUCGUCUGGCCCUCACAAACCGGAGGGGGACGCAGAAGGCACAGCGCAGUCCCUGGCAGAGCAGAUGAACAAGAUAGUCCUGGAAUCCAGGGGGCAGCCUGAGGAACAGAUGGAGUCUGAUAACUGUUCAGCAGGAGAUGAUGACUGGACUCAUUUGUCUUCCAAAGAAGUGGACCCGUCGACAGGUGAACUCCAGUCUCUACAGAUGCCCGAAUCUGAAGGGCCAAGCUCUCUCGACCCUUCCCAGGAGGGACCCACAGGGCUGAAGGAAGCUGCAUUGUACCCACAUCUUCCACCAGAAGCUGACCCCCGGCUGAUCGAGUCCCUCUCCCAGAUGCUGUCCAUGGGGUUCUCUGACGAAGGCGGCUGGCUCACCAGGCUCCUACAGACCAAGAAUUAUGACAUCGGGGCUGCCCUGGACACCAUCCAGUAUUCAAAGCACCCACCGCCGUUGUGACAAUUUUUGCUCACCUGUUCUAUGUCCCCUUUCUUGUCUUAGUUGUGUUGAGCUAGUGUAGAACCCUAGGGCCUCUGUGAGGGCCAAUUUCUCUGCAUUUUUCUUCCAGAAUCUGGGGGUGGGGUGCAUGAAGGCAUUUAGGGCAAUAGAACAG